AUGGAUAAUCAAAUCUGUCUUCUCCCAUUCUUUCUAAUCCUUUUAACACACCUCGUGUAUGCAAAUUCUGCCACUCACACACCAAUAUGUAACGAAACCCCUUACCCGGAGCUAUGCGCUUCUCUAGUCAGCUCGAGCCCACAAACCACGUCGUCCCUUGUUGAAAAUCUACCCGAUUUUCACGACAAAAGCCUUAGGACGACUCUAUUCGAAGCCCAAAAUGCCUACAAACUAAUUUCCGACACGGACCUAAGUUCACUAGACGAGCUAGCUAAAUCGGCUUUGGCCGACUGCUUAGAGCUUUAUGAAGACUCCAUCUAUCAACUUAACCGAUCUAUUAGCUCUAAAAACGACCCUAACGCACUAGCCGAUGCGCAAACAUGGUUGAGCGCGGCCAUUGCCAACGAACAAACGUGCCAAAAUGGAUUUCUCGAUUUUAGCUUGCCCAAAGACCACUUGCCAUUCAUGCAAACCAACUUUUCAAAGUUCCUUAGCAACUCACUAGCCAUCAAUAAGGCCAUGUCCUCAUCAUCAUCAACAACUUUUUCGCUCGAUAAAAUUAAGCAGCGCAAAAACCGGCGACUGUUGUGGUUUGGUAAAUACACCAAGGAUGAUGAUUUCCCGGAAUGGGUCUCAGCAGGCGACCGGAAAUUGCUCCAAUCAAAAGGGGCCGCCGUCAAAGCUAAUGUUGUGGUGGCACAAGACGGCUCGGGUGGUUACAAGACUAUUUCCGAAGCUUUGGCUGCCUCGGCCAAGCAAAUGGGGAGUGGCAGAUUCGUGAUAUACGUAAAGAAGGGAGUUUACAAAGAAAAUGUUGUGGUGAAGAGGUCAAUGAGGAACCUAAUGCUUAUUGGAGACGGCAUAGAUGCAACAGUUGUUACAGGGAGUAGCAAUGUCCAAGAUGGCUCCACAACUUUUCGUUCUGCGACUUUCGCUGUGACCGGUGGAGGUUUCAUUGCACGUGGGAUAACGUUCGAGAACACGGCGGGUCCCGCGAAGCACCAGGCGGUCGCCUUCCGGUCGGGCUCGGACCUCUCGGUUUUGUACAUGUGUAGCUUCAGGGGGUACCAAGACACACUGUACGUCUACUCCCAACGCCAGUUCUACCGCGAGUGCGACAUUUACGGCACCAUCGACUUCAUCUUCGGAGACGCUGCCGUCGUCAUCCAAAACUCCAAUAUCUACGCCCGUAUCUCGUCGGGCCAGUGGAACACCAUAACCGCCCAGGGCAGAAAGGACCCGAACGAGAAUACAGGAAUUGUUAUACACAAUUCGCGCGUGAUCACCUCGGGAGGGCGCAAGACGUACCUUGGGAGGCCGUGGCAGAGGUACUCGAGGACGGUUUUCAUCAAGUGCGAGCUCGACGGUGGGGUGGACCCCGCAGGGUGGCUGGCCUGGAACGGGGAUUUUGCCCUUACUACUCUAUACUAUGGGGAGUACAUGAACACGGGAGCCGGUGCGGGUACGGGCGGGCGGGUCAGGUGGGCUGGGUUUCACGUGAUAUCGAGCUUGAACGAGGCGGGGAAGUUCUCGGUCGGGAGUUUCUUGGGCGGGGGUUCAUGGAUUCCGGCGACCGGCGUGCCGUUUACGUCAGGGGUGUGA